GGUUUGUGCAGAGCCUCGGUGGGAAGCCCUAGGAUCUGGUAUCACAGAGACAGGUAUUAAGCACUUCACGAGGGCAAGCAUUUUCCGACGUGCUGUUUGAAGCAUACCAGGAAGCGUGUCCCUCCACACGGUCCAGUGCUGUUCACCAGGUGUUGUAAAUGCCAUUGAGACCCCUGUCCCAGCAGGGUCGGUGCUAACUUACUCCAGCCCCCAGUGCCUGUGGCUGCCUUGUUUUGUGGCUGAAUGUGCAAUCCGGCACAUUUUCCUUAGUGAAAAAAGCAGCAGGGAGCGGCCGAGCGUGGGAGGGCUGGGCUCGCCCCGUUUGGCUGCAGCCUGGAUUAGAACAACAUAAACAACAUAAAAUUUUUAUCUCGCCUCUUUUUUUUUGGACUGCAUAGGGAUCAUCCUAGUGGUGCAGCCUUGCUCCUUUGCAAUGUUUUCUUUCCAGUGUCAUUCAGAGGGACAUCAGGUAUGUCUGUCUGUAGCCUGCUGCCCUUUGUCCCUGUUGCCGUUGGAAGAAUUGAGAGGUCUUUGGCGACAGAAGGGAGGGGAAAAGGGCUGAGAGUGGAGGAGCCAGGCCUGGGAGAGCAGGGAGCUGCAAGCCAGGUGUGAGGGAGCUGCGGCGGGCGUUCUGCGCUCUGAGUUACAAAGCGGGCAGGAAUGCAGCCAGCCAGGGCGUGAGCUCCGUGGAUGGGAGGCAGGAAGAGCCGUCGGUCCCUUCCGUCUCCAUCCACCUCUCCGAGCCUGGCCUUGGCCUUCCCCACCCCUUUGAUUAUUCAUUAACUGCAGUCCAGGAAGUGCUUUGCAAAUGGUGAAAAUUAAGCCCGCGGCUUGAGGCCUGAGGUUUGUCUGACCUGGAGCUAUCUCCUCCUCAGUCCGCCUGGGAGCAGGCGGAGUUCGGGGUUCGCCUGUGCGGAUCGGGCUCAGGUGAGUCACGGGAGGUGCUGCACCCGCAAGCACUGCCAGCUGCUGCUCCAGCGCCCGGCACUCACCGCCAUCAGCAUCCACCCCUCCUCUAUCAAGGUCUUUCAUCUCUCUCUCAAAUCCGUUUCAAGAUCCUUUCUUGGUAAUUCCAAUAUUGCUUUAUUUUCUUUAGUAGGACCCCCUUGGUUGAGGGCUGUGGUACUUCCUCCACCAGCUCCUGUCAGUCCUCCAUCAGUGGGGAUCUGAGAGACAAGACCCUGAUGCCAUCCCGUGGGUGGUUUCACCGUGACCUGAGUGGGCUGGAAGCUGAAGCCUUACUGAAGGGACGAGGUGUCCAUGGGAGCUUCCUGGCCAGACCCAGUCGGAGGAAUCAGGGGGAUUUUUCCCUUUCAGUCCGGGUUGGUGAUCAGGUAACCCACAUCCGCAUCCAGAAUACUGGGGAUUUCUAUGACCUGUAUGGAGGGGAGAAGUUUGCCACCUUGUCAGAACUGGUGGAGUACUACACACAGCAACAGGGCUCGCUGCAGGACAAAGAUGGAACCAUCAUCGACUUGCGAUACCCGCUCAACUGUUCUGACCCCACGACAGAGAGGUGGUACCAUGGGCAUCUGUCAGGCCCUGCAGCCGAGUCACUGCUCCAGGCCAAAGCUACCCCUUGGACCUUCUUGGUGCGGGAGAGCCUCAGCAAACCUGGGGACUUUGUCUUGUCUGUCCUCACCGACCAACCUAAACCUGGGUCUGAUGCUCCAGCUGGGGCAACCGGUGCCUCUGGGACCCGGCUCAAAGUCACACACAUCAAGAUCAUGUGUGAGAAUGGACGCUACACAAUUGGAGGGGCUGAGAUGUUUGACAGCUUGACAGAUCUGGUGGAGCACUUCAAGAAGAUUGGAAUUGAAGAGAUAUCUGGUUCCUUUGUGUACCUGAAGCAGCCCUACUAUGCUACGAGGGUGAAUGCUGCUGACAUUGAGAACAGAGUGCAGGAACUGAACAAGAAGACAAGUCUGUCUGAGGAGACGUCCAAGGCUGGAUUCUGGGAGGAAUUUGAUAGCCUGCAAAAACAGGAAGCCAAGCACCUGUUUGACCGUCAUGAGGGCCAGAGACCUGAAAAUAAGAGCAAGAACCGAUACAAGAACAUAUUGCCCUUUGAUCACUCCAGAGUCAUCCUCCAGGGAAGAGACCCAAAUAUACCUGGAUCUGACUACAUCAAUGCCAACUAUGUCAAGAACACCUUGAUCAGCCCAGAUGAGUGCACCAAGACCUACAUCGCCAGCCAGGGGUGCCUGGAUGCCACAGUCAAUGACUUGUGGCAAAUGGUGUGGCAGGAGAACACACGCAUUAUUGUGAUGACAACACGGGAGGUGGAAAAAGGCCGGAACAAAUGUGUGCCUUACUGGCCAGAGCUGGGCAGCACGAAGGAAUAUGGUCCCUACCUUGUGCAGAACGCUGGGGAGCACGAUGCACUGGAGUACAAACUCCGGCACCUCUGUGUGUGCCCCAAGGAUAACGGCAAGGCUGUGCGUGAGAUCUGGCAAUACCAGUACCUGAGCUGGCCUGACCAUGGUGUACCCAGUGAGCCGGGAGGAGUCCUCAGCUUCCUUGACCAGAUAAACCAGAAGCAAGAGAGCAUCCCCAACGCAGGGCCUAUUCUGGUACACUGCAGUGCUGGGAUUGGCCGCACUGGGACUAUCAUCGUCAUUGAUAUGAUAGUGGAAACAAUCUCCACCAAGGGGCUGGACUGUGACAUUGACAUCCAGAAGACCAUCCAGAUGGUGAGGGCCCAGCGAUCUGGGAUGGUGCAGACAGAGGCCCAGUACAAGUUCAUCUACAUGGCCAUCUGCCAGUUCAUAGAGGCAACCAAGAAAAAGCUGGAAGUUAUUCAGUCUCAGAAAGGCAAGCCAAACGAGUGCGAGUAUGGGAACAUCGCCUACCCCCCAGCAGUGAGGAAUGCGCACCCCAAGGUUUCGCGAAAACCCUCCAAGCAGAAAGAGGAAUCAACAGUGUAUGAAAACUUGGGGAAAAAGGAGGAGAAGGUGCGGAAACAACGCUCCUCAGAGAAGAAGAUGAAAGGCUCACUAAAGAAAAAAUAAUCAUAUGUUGCAGGUACCCCCAUGGGGGUUUGAACCUGGGCUGCAGGACUGGAGCUCACAUCCCAGCUGGCCUGUCUCGCAUUCCUUGCUCUUGCACUGGAACGAAGCCUUCCCCUUCUGUUCCGUGCCAGCUUUCAGCGCCGUGAACCAGAGCGCUCUCCAGCUCAGCUGACCGACUCCAAGGUCCCUUGCCCGUGCAGGCGAGCUAAGUCUCUCGCUGCCCCCUCCUCAUCCAUUAGCAGGAAAAGGUCACGCCCCACCUUCCCUUGCUCCCUGAGCACUGGGGCCCAAACUCACCUUUGCUCUGUCAGCUUGAGUGGAAUUCUCAGGGAAGAGCUAAGGAAGGUCAAUCCAGGAGCUACAUCUCUGCCCACUGCCGUGAGUUGAGUUUAUCCUGUUUGUGUUCCCUGAAGCUUCAGCUUUUCAAGUAUGGAGGUUUUGGCCUGUUUCAGAUCAGCUCCUCUGCAAUUCAACAGGAGACCUCCUCUUUCUUUAAUACCAACCUUCUGCCCCUCUUAUCCUUUUGCUAUCUCAUCCUUCACCUGGACGCUGUAAAUAUACCAGAA